GAGAUAGACACGCACACACAUACUGAGGGAGUGAGAGCAAGAGAGGGAGGGGAAUCGAGCUUUUAACAGAUUUGAUAGAGAUUAGAAGCGGCACAGUGUUGAGAAAUAUUGUUAUGUUCGAUAUGAAUCUCAUUUCACGGGGAAAACGCGGUGAGCGCGCGCGGGGACGCGGACAGAACGGUUGUGCGGAUCUCCACGCUGAAUGAAUGAAAGAAAGCCUGAAGAAAAACCCCGCGCUUUCCUUAAACAGGUCAUAGGUGAUUUGUUUUUGAAUCACAGCUGAAUUUAACAACUGGAAAAGUCUGCAGAGGGUUUGAGAGAGUCGUGAUGUUUUCGAGGGAUUGAUGAGAGGAUGUCUCGACUGACUCCUGGAGAAAGUUACACAUCAGGAUGAACAGGUUCCUCAGAUAGUGGAUGAACACUUUAUAUGUCUGAUUCUUGGUGAUUAUGACAUCACAUCCUCUUCCAUUCUCAUUGGACCAUCAGGUCAGGAUGUUUCGAGUUUUAAGCUGUACCACCUGUCACGCAUCUACAUGGCCACGCCUCCUGUGGAUUCUGUGGGUUUGGCUUAGCCCGUGUUCCUCAGUUCACCAGCACUCGCACCCACAUUCCAUCAAAAUCCCAGGGGACAUCACUUUGGGGGGGCUUUUCCCGGUCCACUCCAGGGGUCCCGCAGGAGUCCCGUGUGGAGAAAUAAAAAAGGAGAAAGGAAUCCACCGGCUGGAGGCCAUGCUGUACGCACUGGACCAGAUCAAUAGCGACCCAGAGCUGCUGCCCAACAUCACACUUGGGGCCCGAAUUCUUGAUACGUGUUCCAGGGACACUUACGCUCUCGAACAGUCUCUGACGUUUGUCCAGGCUCUCAUUCAGAAAGACACAUCUGACAUCCGCUGCUCCAACGGGGAACAGCCAAUCAUACGCAAGCCUGAGCGUGUGGUGGGCGUGAUUGGGGCGUCGGGGAGCUCCGUGUCAAUCAUGGUGGCCAAUGUCCUGCGACUGUUCGAGAUCCCUCAGAUCAGUUACGCCUCUACAGCACCAGAGCUGAGCGACAACAACCGCUACGACUUCUUUUCUCGCGUGGUGCCACCAGACUCAUACCAGGCCCAGGCCAUGGUGGACAUUGUGAAAGCGAUGGGCUGGAACUACGUAUCCACUUUAGCCUCUGAGGGAAAUUAUGGUGAAAGCGGUGUGGAUGCCUUCGUCCAGAUCUCUAGAGAGACAGGAGGUCUGUGCAUCGCUCAGUCCAUGAAGAUCCCAAGAGAGCCCAAACCAGGGGAGUUUGACAAGAUCAUUAAGAGACUAAUGGAGACCCCCAACGCGCGAGGAGUCAUCAUCUUCGCCCACGAGGAUGACAUUAAGCAGGUCCUGGAGGCCGCGAGGAGGUCCAAUCUAACCGGUCAUUUUAAGUUUGUGGGAUCAGACAGCUGGGGUGCCAAGAGCUCCCCGAUUCUGGACCAGGAGGACGUGGCUGAAGGCGCCGUCACCAUCCUGCCCAAAAGAGCGUCUAUUGAUGGGUUUGACCAGUACUUCACCACUCGAUCUCUGGAGAACAACCGCAGGAAUAUCUGGUUUGCUGAAUUCUGGGAGGACGAUUUCAGGUGCAAAUUGACACGUCCAGGCAUCAAGAUCGACCCAGAAAAGAAGAAAUGCACAGGAGAAGAACGGAUCAGUCGUGACUCUCAUUACGAGCAAGAGGGCAAGGUUCAGUUUGUAAUUGAUGCGGUGUAUGCCAUGGCUCAUGCUUUGCACAACAUGCACCAGGAGCUGUGUCCGGGAGCCACGGGUGUGUGUGAUAAGAUGGACCCGGUGGAGGGACGUUCACUGCUUAACUACAUCCGCGCUGUCAACUUUAAUGGUAGCGCUGGCACUGCCGUUUUGUUCAAUGAAAAUGGUGAUGCUCCCGGACGCUAUGAUAUCUUUCAGUACCAGAUGACCAACACCAGCAGUCCAGGAUACAGAGUCAUCGGCCAGUGGACCAAUAACCUGAGGCUCAAUGUUGAAGAGAUGCAGUGGACAGGCGGCUCCCGUCAAAUCCCGGACUCAGUGUGCAGUUUUCCGUGCCGCUCCGGCGAGAGGAAGAAGAUGGUGAAGGGCGUCCCAUGCUGCUGGCACUGCGAGCUCUGCGACGGCUAUCAGUUCCAAGCAGACGAGUUCAACUGUGAGAUGUGCCCUUUCGACAUGCGUCCCACGCUCAACCGCACGGCCUGCCGACCCACUCCCAUCAUCAAGCUGGAGUGGCACUCGCCCUGGGCCGUCAUCCCGCUGUUCCUGGCAAUCCUCGGCAUCCUGGCCACGCUCUUCAUCAUCAUCACCUUCAUCCGCUUUAACGACACCCCUAUCGUGAGGGCCGCAGGCCGAGAGCUCAGCUACGUGCUCCUGACUGGCAUCUUCUUAAUUUACCUCAUCACCUUCCUCAUGAUCGCAGAGCCCGGGACUGUCGUGUGUGCUUUCCGCAGGCUGCUGUUGGGUUUGGGCAUGAGCAUUACAUACUCCGCCAUGCUCACCAAAACCAAUCGGAUCUACCGCAUCUUUGAACAGGGCAAGAAGUCUGUCACACCGCCCAAAUUCAUCAGCCCGACGUCACAGCUUAUGAUUACCUUCGUUCUGAUCUCAGUACAGGUUGUGGGAGUUUUCGUCUGGUUUGGAGUGAUGCCGCCGCACACCACCGUGGACUACGAGGAGCUGCGGCCGCCCAAUCCAGAGCUGGCGCGGGGCAUCCUGAAGUGCGACAUGUCAGAUUUGUCGCUCAUCUGCUGUCUGAGUUACAGUAUCGUGCUGAUGGUCACUUGCACCGUGUACGCGGUCAAGAGUCGAGGCGUGCCCGAGACCUUCAAUGAAGCCAAACCCAUCGGCUUCACCAUGUACACCACCUGCAUCAUCUGGCUGGCCUUCGUGCCCAUUUUCUUUGGCACAGCACAGUCCACUGAGAAGAUGUUCAUCCAGACGACGACGCUGACCGUGUCCAUGAGUCUGAGUGCCUCCGUGUCUCUCGGGAUGCUCUACAUUCCCAAAGUGUACGUCAUCAUCUUCCACCCGGAGCAGAACGUGCAGAAGCGCAAACGCAGCUUCAAGGCUGUGGUUCAAGCCGCCACCAUGUCUUCGCGUCUCUCACAAAAAUCCAUCAACGAGAAGCAGAACGGAGAGACCAAGAUCGAGCCUGACCGGACGCAGUAACAGAUGACCCUUGGAGCAGCUGUGUGGAUCUCAAAUCACCGAGGAACAGAUUCAAAGGGGGAGUUUUGCUGUGUUGUGUUUUGUGAUGCCAGGUGAGGACGUUAAUAAAGCCGAUGUUACUGACUGUGAAGCACAAACUGCUAACACUGCGAACCGAAAAUACUUUAUCGAGCAUCUUUGUCGAACACUUGAAAUAGAUAGAAUGUGUCCAAAAGCCUUUCUCGUCCGGAGGAUUUUUGCGGAUCGCACAAUGCCGUUUGGAAAAAUCUCCUUUUUGUCCCGUUUUUACCUCUGAAAGGAUUUACGUUGUGGUUAUCGUGUUCAGGUUUUAGCAUGAGAUGUUUACAAAGGUGCAACGUUGAACAUGCACACACAGAAAAAAGCAAGACCACCAGAUUUUAUAAUAUAAAAAAAAACAAGAUCCUGACUGACGUUGAUGAAGAACACUCCUCACAUUUUACCGUAUAGCAAAGUUACUGCUUUUUUCAUUUCCAAAUGUGUCACAAUACAAACUUUUCUUUUAGAUAAUAAGCUCAAAGAAUGAAUGACACCAAUUGAGCCAAUUGUAUAGCUUUGUGCAUCUUAUAUAUAUAUGAGCAAUAUCACGUGAGUAGCAGUGCGA